AUGAAUAUACGUAUUAAGGUAAUGCGAGGAGAGAUAGCAAAGAUAUGUUUAGUGAUAGCUAUCCUGACGCUCGGGACCGUAUCAAGCGACGGCGCGUGCGAACGCGGGCGCACUUGGUGGGACCGGCACAGAGGCGCCUGCAUACCCUGCACCCGUUGCGACCCGCGCCGCCUCGCCGUCAAAUACCCCUGUGAACUACACCGUGAUACCAUAUGCCAACCUCUCUACGAGGUUCGCAUUUGGCCUUUCAACACGGAAAAAGACAAUGAUGUCAGUGAAACAUCAAGUGAUUACGAAUAUUACGAGUACACAGACUACAGCGGUGAAGUGAGUGAUGAAUUGGACUGGAAUAUUCAGACAUCCACUUUGACUGUAGCUGUGAGUGGAUGUAUAGUGUUCUUUGUUGUAGUGGUAACGUUGUCUUUGUACCACGCGAAGCAAUGGCGGGUACUGAAGCAAACUUUAAAAUCAGAUGUACAAGAUCUCUCAGCAAAACUGAGACUUAUGGAAGGGGGCGGGGAAGCGCCGGUAGAGCCGGUGUCCUCUGAUCACCACAUUUACUGUAAUAUUGGCAAAGAUGCGCUGCUUGGCCCAGCUUCAACGAAAAAAGGUCUUGGCAACGUAUACACGCAAGAAAAGCACACUCCC